GGGGGUGGGAGAUUAACUCUCCUACUAUUCACCUUCUCUUGGUUCAACUCGGUAAUGCAAAAAAAAUCUUGUUUUCAACAGAAAUAUGGGAUCCGCAGAAAACAUCGCAUUUACCAUCAUGUACUUGAUAACAAUGCUUGUUUCCUUGGUGGGAAACAUUCUUUUGAUCUACAUCGUGUGGAAGAGACCUGAUGUAAGAUCGCUGACAAGCUUCAUGUUCGUCAACAUGGCCGUGGCGGAUUUGCUGGUCACCUUGGUUGUGAUUCCUUACACCAUUUCCGAUUUUUACACGCACGGUGUGUGGCCAAUGGCUGGUCUUACUGGAGAAAUCACGUGCAAAACCGUGUUAUUCAUUGCGUUUUUCACGAUAAGUACGUCUAUCAUCUGUCUGACAUUCAUGGCGGUCGACCGGUUUUACGCAGUUGUGUAUCCAUUCCGACGCCUACUUUGGUUUCGACGACCGAAAAUUCUUACACCACUUGUGUGGAUCUUAUCAAUGGCUUUUAUGUGCAUCGUUCCAGUUCUGGCGGACUUCAAUUCGAAAAAUCAGUGUGUUUUCAAGUUUUCUAUUUUGGGAGGCGCAACGAAAGCCACUCGUGUACUUUACAUUUACUUUUUUAUCAUCAAUUAUUUAUUCCCGGUAAUUAUCAUUUCCAUCUUGUACACCAUAACUGCUCGAAAGUUGUGGUUCCAUGAAGUACCAGGAGACGUCGAGCAAAAUCGUCAACAACAGCAAAUGACUAAGAGGAAAGUGCUUCGAAUGCUCAUCAUUGUUUUCAGUGUGUUUGCUCUCUGUUGGCUUCCCGGGCAAGUGUUUCAGCUCUAUUUGGCGGUAACGGAAGGCGCCAAGGAUUUACCAAUUGUCCAGGUGGCCUGCUACUGGUUCGGCUACAACAACAGCGCUAUUAACCCAUGGUUAUACAUUUGCAUGAACAGCAGGAUGUACAGCGCUUUUUCCAGUAUGAUCGGUCGCAAGUUGCGCUUGAGAAAACGUGACUCGAGAUUGAAAAAUAACGAAAUAAUGCCCUCGGCGAUAGACGAAACACAAGACACACAUUUGUGAUUUUAUUGGUGAACGCUUUAUUAGCGUACGAGUAGCCGUUCCCAUCCCCCCGAAAAAAAAAAGGAAGGGGGAUAACGCUAGCGGUUUAUAUCCAGGGUGAUCUUUCUGCCCGGAUGGGAGAGGCAAUUCCUGAAAAUUUUGGUGAGGGUGCUCAGGGCGUUUCUUGAGAGAUCAACC